AACAAUUAAAACAAACGGUAAAACAACUCUUAUCCUGAUAUCUUCAUCUUUAGUUGUGUUUCAAAAUUUCUGAUUUGAUUUUGAUUGUAGUAACUUUUAAUGGCUUAAUUUCUCAUUUUGGUAAAAAAAAAAAAAAGAAAAACUUAUGUGGAUCUGGUGGAUUUGAGAAAAAAAUCAAAACUUUGAAAUAAUUUUUUUUUUGGUCAAUCAAACUUUGAAUUAAUUGAAUGAGGGUGUUGGGGUAAGUUUAAAAUUAAGGAUAAAUGUUUUUUGGUGAAUUCUGUGGUACCCGCAAUUUUUUUUGGGUGUGAUACUCACAUUAGGUGAUUUAAUAGACUAAUGACAUGUUGUAAUUGAAUUUAUAAUUCUCAAUGUUAUAAUUCUAGUCCUAAUAGUACUCUCAUUCAUUGGGCAACUCAACUGUCACCCGACGACCUUUGUUACGUCCACCACGACCUUGUAGAGGUUGCAGUGAAUCUCGACCUUAACAUUGAGCCUGAGUGACAUGAUUUCGAUCAAGGGAGAGGCUUAACAUCUAUCUAAUCGACAUCAUUAAUCUUAAGGCACAAUAAUGAGAAAAUACAAUCGCUAACUCAUGUGAUAGAUGAGUCUUUAUUACUAUGCUAAGUUAUUUAGGGUACCAUACCUUGACCUGAAGUAAGGUACCACAGCAAGCACCAUGUUUUUUUUGGGUUGUUAAUUUCUGGUUGGGUUUGAUGUUUUUUGUUAUUAGUAGAUUAUUAGAUUAAGUUAUUAUUUAGGUAAUUAUUUAGUUAAGGGAUUUUAUUUAAAUUAGGGAUUUAUUAAGUUUUUUAAUUUUUUUCUACUUAAAUAAAUGAGUUGGAAUAAAAAAAUAUGUUUUAUAAUUUUUAAAUUAAAAAAUAAUUAUAAAAGUCACGUGUAAUUGAUGACUAUGACAAAAUUGAGGUCUGAUAGCAUUUAGCCCUAAUUGAAUUAAAAAAAAAAAAUUCUUAGGGGCCUAAUUUGAUGCGAAAUUUUUCCAGGCCCUGGAACUGAUUCCCUUUACAAAUUCAGGGGUCUUUUGAUGUAUUAAGCCAUAAAUUUAUAUGAAAAACACUGAUUAACAUAAUUAAUGCACUUUUAAAAAGUUUAUAAAUUGGUCAAAUAAACUUUAAGUCGGUCAAAUAAGCUUUAAACUAACAUAAAACUCUUACCAAAUAAAUUUUAAAAAAUUAUAAUUUGGUCAAGUAAAUUUGAAGUUAGUCAAAUAAGCAUUUAAGUUGCUUGAAAACUUUACUACACACAUUCUUGGUUUAGAUGGAAGACUGGCAUUGCCUCAAUUUAAUAAGGUACGAACUGGGAAUCAAUCACACCAACUAGGCAGCUAUAGUAUCAUUUGUUUUAUCAUUUUCGUGGUUGCAAGAGUUUGCGUAAUAACACUCCUACUUAGUGGUGCUUGCCUACAAUACAAUAAUUGCUUGAUCACAAAUCUCAAGACUCAAGUCUCUGAGGAUCUCAAAGUCCCAUUGAGUAAAUAGCUACAAUAUCAGAGAGCCAUGGCAGAGGAAUCUAAGCUGAAAUGGGAAGGCAAAGCCAUUGUUGAGCUUCCAGGCACAGGCGCAGAAGCAGUGUGGCCCUUUUUAGAGGAUUUCUGCAACCUGCACAAGUGCUUCCCCAUUGAUACUAGUUACCAAGUUGAGGGGAUUCAAGGCCAACCUGGUCUCAUCCGCUACUGUGCUUCCACCAUAAAAGGGGAUGAUGCUGCUGAUGAGACAACCAUCAAGUGGGCUAAAGAGAAGCUGCUGACAAUUGAUCCCGUUCAACGUUGUUUGUCCUAUGAAACUGUCGACAACAACAUCGGAUUUAAGUCUUAUGUGGCCACACUGAAAGUAGUCCCGGUCAACGGGGAUGAUGCUAAACUAGCAGGGUGCAAGAUUGAAUGGGGGUUUGUCAGUGAUCCAAUGGAAGGGUGGAGUUUUCAAGAUUUGAAGUCUUACAUUGAGUCCUCUCUCCAGUUCAUGGCCAACAAGAUUGAUCAGCUUGAAUGCUCUGAGAAUUAACAAAGAAUCAAGUAAGAUUUAUAUGCCAGAAUGAAUAAUCCUGGCGGGGUGUGUGUGUCUUUAGAAUGUUUGGAAAUCUUUUGAAGUCAAAAUCAAUAAGCAUAUCAAAGGAGGACAAGAAACCUGAAAACAGUUUCAUCAAAGAAACUUAUAUGUUUUAAUCUUAAUUGUUCGUAAUUA